AUGCACCUGUACGUGUUUGCAGCAACACUGGUCGCAAGCUCUUGUCUGGCACUCCUGCUCUGGUUCAUCUACAAGGAUAGGAAGCGGCGAAUAAAGAUAGCAUGCUUCGACAAAAACGGGGGUAUUAUACUGAAGGAAGCAGCUGCCAUCGUAAUAUUCACAGAAGUUCAGCUGAAGAAAAUAACUAACAACUACAGUACCCGCAUCGGAAAAGGUGCCUUCGGCACCGUAUUCUUGGGAACAAUCGACGACAAGCAGCGAGUUGCAGUUAAACGAUCUAAUGACGAAGACAACAAAGGAGGUCGAGGUCCAGUUCAGCAAGGGGAUGACUUUGUCAAUGAGAUCACCUUCCAGUUCCGAAUCAGCCACCCAAAUAUGGUUCGCCUUGUUGGGUGUUGCUUAGAGACAAAUAUUCCUGUCCUGGUCUACGAGCAUAUCAGUAAUGGGAGCCUCUACAACCUGCUUCAUGUCAAUAGGGAUAAGGUGCUCCCGCUGUGGACUCGACUCAACAUUGCCAUUGGCUCUGCAGAAGCUCUUGCUUAUAUGCACUCACACGGUGACCAGGACCGCAUCCACGGUGAUGUCAAAUCUGCCAACAUCCUCCUGGAUGACAACCUGAUGCCCAAGGUCUCUGACUUUGGAUCGUCCAAGCUUUUGUCAGUUGGUAUGUAUGCCAGGGCUGUGGCCGCAGAUAUAAGUUAUAUAGACCCAGUGUAUAUGAAGACACAUCGUUUUGUGGCGAAGAGUGAUGUCUAUAGCUUUUCAAUUGUUCUUCUUGAGUUGAUCACCCGGAAGACGGUCAACUAUGGCCAAGAUAACACCAAUAGCCUCCCCAUGGACUUUUCCAUGUUUUUUAAGCAGAAGGGCAAUGGAAGGGAGAUGUACGACAGAAACAUUUUAUCUCAUGACGGUGCUCAAUGUCAAUAUUGCAUAGAGUGCCUUGACAAGAUAGGUGCUCUGGCGAUUCAAAGUCUUAAGUAUGAUGUCGACGAGAGACCGACAAUGGCUGAGGUCGUGAAUGAAUUGAGCAAAGCAGCCAAACUACUGGAUAAAUGCAAGCAACUACCCUGA